GUAAUACUAAUCACUGCUGUGAUUAAUUGUGGGAUUCCCCGGCAAUGGGGGCUGGUCAUCCGCCUACGAUCUUACUGUUCGCUCAAAUCGUUGCCAUACUCUCAGACGAUUCUCCGCCAGAGUCUACUGCACGGGUGACUGCUGCACCGCAAGCUGACAUCAUCAGCGGCUGCUUUUUCUAUCAAUUCCUGUGCACCUUUUUUCUCUCCCCAAUUUCAGACGACUUUCCUUGGGUAGAUCAAAAUAACCUUCUAAGUCGUACUACUCCCCAAGACCGUGACAGCUUCCCAUAGUCGAUGCACAUCAUGUCAUUGAGUUCUCCUGAAUUAGAUUUGAAAAAAUAUCUGGAAGCGCGCGAAGCACUCAUCGCCCAAGAUCGAUCGCUUCGGCGCGACCAUCAGGAGGAUAUUAGGCCCAUUAGGCCAGAGAGCGGGAAGCAGACCGAAGCCAAAGAACUCUGGGAAAAUGCUGGGAAUGAGAUCUCGGCUUCACAAUCGUUGUUCCCUGGAAUGGGAUUCCUCACGGGAAACAAUUCAUCGGUCGAAAUCUUUCGAAUUCUGAAGAAGAUGCCAAAGGGAGGAUUGCUCCAUGCUCAUUUAGAUGCCAUGGUGGAUGCCGAAAAGCUUCUCAACUGGGCUUUAACUCUUGGCGCAGGCUACAUGCACGUUCGCGUCGACGAGCCUAUUACUGCCUCCAACUUUUAUCUUGUUGUUCCCGAGUUCAAAGCACUUGUGCCAGGCACUACAGACAAUAUCAGCUUGGCCCCUAGCCUCAUGUCACCUUCCUACUUGCCCAAGACCUGGGUUCCCCUUCAUGUGGCGAGGAGACCUUUUUCACUGAAGGCCUUUUUGAUGCUUAAGAACUUGAGAGGACCGGAGCUGUUCGAUGCAUGGGUUACGGCUUCAAUUCGAAUUGAUCCCAGUGAAGCCUACGAGAAUAUGAAUACUGUCGACAAGAUCUGGGACCGCUUCCGUGCGGCAUUUCGAACCAUUUUUGGACUAUUCCGAUUUGAACCCAUCUUCCGAGCCGUCAUCAAGCAGGUGUUUUGGGAUUGUCUGAAUGACGGUAUCAGCUACGCCGAGCUACGAAUCAACUUCCACCCCCUUUUUAUGGUUCGUGCAGAUGGUCGGGAAGAUUUUGGUCAUCGUGAAUGGGUUCUCGCCAUCAGGGAGAUCCUAGAUGAGUUUAGGGAAGAAUUGAAACCUCUUGGCCGACAGGAGGAAUUUGUAGGAGUAAAGCUAAUUUAUACAACUUUCCGUUUGGCCUCUCCAGAGGAGAUUCAGUUCUAUCUUGAUGAUUGCUUCGAAUUGAAGAAGGAAUUCCAAGACGAGAUAGCAGGAUUUGACCUGGUCGGACAAGAAGACCUUGGAGAACCACUUAUCAAAUUCGUUGAGGUAUUCCUCAAAUUUCAGAAGAGGGUGCAAGAAGCACAGUUGUACCUCCCAUUCAUUUUCCACGCUGGCGAAACUCUCAGCGAUGGAGGGGAAACCGACCUCAACCUUAUUGACGCGCUACUUCUGGGCACAAAGCGUAUUGGUCAUGGGUUCUCCAUCGCCAAACAUCCUCAUCUUCUUCAAAUGUGUCGCGAGAAAAACAUCAUGCUCGAAGUAUGCCCUAUCUCGUGCCGUUUGACAUCUUCCAUGCCGAUGCAUCCGCUUCCGGCAGUGCUUAACAGUGGUGUCCCAGUUGCCCUAAAUUGUGACGAUCCAGGUAUCUUCGAUAGCAUGGGCAAUACCUAUGACAUCUUUCAAGUGCUCAUUGCAAGCGAUGUUUCUGGCUUGACCACGAUAGGAACCAUUGCAUACGAUAGUCUUCAGUUCUCCGAACUACAGUCAGAAAAGAAGGUUCAAGCACUGGAAUUUUGGAAGAAACGGUGGGCUGCCUUCAUCGACGCGAUAGUCGAUGGAUCCAUUUAGAUUUAAUUAAUUGGACAACGGCCGGCCCUCUGGCAGAAAGCAGCCUAGUCAUCUUGGUAGGUGGCUCUAGGGCAUCAUACAAACUCGUCUCGUGGUUGGCAUGGCUUGUCGUGGCAAGGAAACUCGCUUGGCACGUAAGAGGCAUCCCGAGUACGAAACUACAUCUGUGCAACCUUCUCAUUAGGAAUCCCAGUGAUGCUGGUUGACGCAGCGUCAGUAAAGGAAUCCCAUUGAUAUAAAUGUGGCAGCAUUCCAUGGCGAAUCAAAUUUCGGACAAAGCGUGUAGUAUCAUGAUGACUCCAUUUACCCUCUUCCUCCUCACUGUCCUUGUACUCUUUGUCUUUACGUUGUUACUCGUCACUCGAGAUAGCGUUAUUAUAUAUACCGACGAAUAGUUGAGCGUGACUGA